AUGGUUUUAGUUCAAGAUUUAUUAAAUCCAAAUCCACAAACAACAAAAGAUACAUAUAAAUUAAAAAAAUUAGUACAAGAACCAAAUUCUUAUUUCAUUGAUAUAAAAUGUCCUGGAUGUUUUAAUAUUGUUACUAUUUUCAGUCAUGCUCAAACUGCUAUUACAUGUGAAAAAUGUUCAAAUUUAUUAUGUACUCCAACUGGUGGUAAAGCAAAAUUAGUUGAAGGUUCAUCAUUUAGAAGAAAAUAG